AUGCGUGCGAAGCGGGUGCGGGUGCUGGAACUGGUGUUGCUGAGGCUGGGGAGACUGAGCCUGAGCCUGAGCCUGAGCCUGAGCCUGAGCCUGGGCUGGAGACGGCGCCUGCGGUAUUUGGCCUGGAGGAGGGGUACCGGCGAUGGUGGGGGGCGCGGCCUGGACGCUCUGGAUGCUGGCGGUGGAUUUGCGUUUGCCGAGACCAAGGCUCUUGAAGCGGGAGUUCAGCGAACUCAUAUGGAGGAGGGAAGAAGAGCAAGCCCGGGGACGGGAAGGGGAGGUGCAGUGAGAAGCGGAGCGGAGGGGAGAAGAAGGGCUGAUUUGCUCGAUGGGGACGAAGGCGCAGGUUUGCCGGGGCGAGAGGAUUGGGCUUAG